AUGUCUUACGAUAAAAGGUUGGACACGUCCGAUGAAGAAAGCGGCUCGUACCAUGGCUUUGAUGAAGGGAUCCGGAACGAGGUACAGGAUCUGGCAAGACAAUGGACUAAUCUCUCCCUCGGUGGGGAGUCCAAUAAAGUUGAUGUUGCUGAAGAACCUGAUGGGCUAUCCAGAGUAUCGACUAUUGCUCCUGGUGUGAAUCCGAUGGUGGAUGUUGAGCUGCUGGAUCCAAGGUUGGAUCCGAACAGUGAAGAGUUCUCUUCCCCGUACUGGAUCAAGAACUUUAAAGCUCUUAUGGAUAAAGAUCCAGAACACUACAACAAUUACUCGCUAGGUAUCACUUUCAAGAACCUGAGGGCCUCUGGCGAAGCUACCGACGCUGAUUAUCAGAAUAAUGUCAUAAACUCACCUCUAAAGAUGGUCACUGGAUUCUAUAAGAGGUUUUUGAGAACUGGGGCCGCUAAAGACCGAGCUCAAUUCGAUAUCCUCAAGUCCAUGGACGGUAUUAUCAAACCUGGUGAGGUUGUCGUUGUCCUGGGUAGACCUGGUUCUGGUUGUACUACUUUGCUUAAGACUAUUGCUUCCAACACUCAUGGAUUUGAUAUUGCGCCUGAAUCACAGAUAUCCUAUGAUGGACUGACCCCAAAGGAGGUCCAAAACAAUUUCAGAGGUGAAAUCGUGUACAACGCCGAAGCUGACAUCCAUUUCCCUCACUUAACCGUUUGGCAGACCCUGUAUACGGUUGCAAAGUUUAGAACGCCCCAAAAUAGAAUCCCAGGUGUUUCUAGAGAGGACUAUUCUGCAGCAUUGACCAAGGUCUAUAUGUCUACCUAUGGAUUGUCUCAUACAAAGAAUACCAAGGUUGGGUCUGCGUUGGUCCGUGGUGUCUCUGGUGGUGAACGUAAAAGGGUUUCCAUUGCAGAGGUGUCACUUGCUGGUGCAAAAUUGCAAUGUUGGGAUAAUGCUACGAGAGGACUGGAUGCAGCUACAGCAUUGGAGUUCAUUAGAGCCUUGAGGACAUCGGCCGAUGUCUUGGAUACAACAGCACUGAUUGCCAUUUACCAGUGUUCCCAGGAUGCUUACGACUUGUUUGAUAAGGUUUCUGUGCUGUAUGAUGGUCAUCAAAUCUACUUCGGAAGAGCAGAUGAGGCUAGAAGGUAUUUUAUCAACAUGGGAUGGGAUUGUCCGCAACGUCAAACCACUGCUGAUUUCUUAACAUCCGUUACCUCUCCGAGGGAACGUGUUGCUAGAAAAGGAUAUGAAGAUGAAGUACCUAAAACAGCAAAGGACUUUGAGAAGUACUGGAAAGCUUCGCCUGAAUAUGCAACCUUGAUGAGGGAAGUUGACCAGAGCUUAGAACAAGCCCACUCACUUGCUACCAAAGAUGCUAUUCUUUCUGCAAAGCACUCGAGACAGUCUAAGCAUAUGAGAAAAUCGUCUUCAUAUACGGUUUCUUUCCCAAUGCAAGUUAGAUAUUUGUUGACUCGUGAAUUCCAGAGAAUAAGAAACGAUAUCUUUUUCCAUGCUUUCUCUGUGCUCUCCAAUUCUUUAAUGGCUUUGGUGCUUUGUUCUAUCUUCUACAACUUGCAAGAUGAUACUGCUUCCUUUUACUACAGAGGUGCUGCUAUGUUUAUGGCCGUCUUGUUCAACAGUUUUGCUUCUUUCUUGGAGAUCAUGUCUCUUUUCGAGGCUAGACCAAUUAUCGAAAAGCAUAAGCAGUUUGCACUUUACCAUCCUUCUGCUGAUGCCCUGGCAUCUGUUAUAUCCCAGACUCCUUUCAAGUUACUCACUGCCUUGUGUUUCAAUUUAAUUUUUUACUUCAUGGUGAACUUCAGAAGAAAUCCAGGUCGGUUUUUCUUCUACUUGUUUGUUAAUAUCUUGAGUACUUUUACCAUGUCACAUGCUUUCAGAUUGAUUGGUUCCAUGUCUUCAACACUUGCCCAGGCCUUAGUGCCAGCGCAUAUUAUUUUACUUGCCCUCGUGAUGUUCCUUGGGUUCACCAUUCCAACAACAUAUAUGCUUGGAUGGUGUAGAUGGAUCAAUUAUCUAAACCCUUUGGCUUAUUCGUUUGAAUCAUUGAUGGCAAAUGAAUUCAGCAACCGUGAAUUCCAAUGCAGUUCCUAUAUACCUGGAAGUCCGGAAGAGUUUCCUAAUUUACCACCAGAGUCCUGGAUUUGCAAUGCAGUUGGCGCUACUUCUGGUCAAACAACUGUAAGUGGUAGCGUCUACAUCCAAUUGGCUUAUGACUACUCAAAUUCACACAAGUGGAGAAAUGUUGGUAUUCUAAUUGCGUUCCUCGUUGUUUUCUUGGUCGUUUAUAUGGUAUUCUCGGAAUAUAACGAAUCUGCAAAGCAGAAAGGUGAGGUUUUAUUGUUCCAAUGGUCCACUCUGAGACGCAUAAAGAAGGAUAAGGCACUCAAUGAUUUGGAAUCUGGUAAAGAACGUGAUAUUACACAACAACCGGAGGAGGAGGAGGUUAAAGUUGAUGCAUUAGAGUCUGGCAAGGACAUCUUCCACUGGAGAGAUGUUCAUUACACUAUAAAGAUUAAAUCUGAAGAGCGUGAGAUUCUUUCGGGUGUUGACGGUUGGGUUAAGCCUGGUACGUUGACUGCGCUGAUGGGUGCCUCCGGUGCUGGUAAGACCACUUUGUUGGAUGUUCUUGCCAAUCGUGUCACUAUGGGUGUUGUCACAGGUAGUAUGUUUGUUAAUGGCAAACUGAGAGAUUCUUCUUUCCAAAGAUCCACCGGUUAUGUCCAGCAGCAAGAUUUGCACUUAAGUACUGCAACAGUACGUGAAGCUUUGAGGUUUUCUGCUUAUUUGAGACAACCUUCUUCUGUCUCGAAGAAAGAAAAGGAUGAUUACGUCGAGGAAGUUAUCAAGAUCUUGGAUAUGCAGAA